AUGGCUCACGAGCUGAGAGGUUCCUUCAUGGCUUUUGUCAGAAAAAGAAAAUAUUUUCAAAGUAAAUAUCUCGUGAGACUUAAAGAUGUCGCUGCUCACACAUGGGGGCAGGCCGUCACCUUUCUAGGACUGCAAAGGCCAAGGUUGGAAGAGACUCAGGUGGUUGAGAAUCAUAAUUACUACCUGGAUGAAUUUGAAGAACUGUUAGAUGAACUCCUGUUGAAGAUUAAUGGUUUGUCCGAGAACCUACAUCUCCCUCUUCUAGAAAAACAAUCCGAUAGCACAGUGGAGGCAAAGGCAGAAGACAAUCCCUUGGUGGGUGUUUCUGGCUACCAAGCUACUGGGUAGACAAGAGAAUAACCUUCAUCAGGAAUAUGCUUUACAAAAAGAGCUCCUCCUGAACAUCUCAUUUCUCCAACCCGGCCCAUGGCUUAGCCUUUCCCCCCAUUAUCUUUAAUGGACAAAACUUCCGGAGCCUGAGGCUUCUGAGAUCUGCUGGUGGCUGACAUCCUGAAUUGCUCUGAUAUCUGCCUACUGAGGUUCUAGCCUGUCUGUGGACCCCACAUCACCUACAGUGCCACUUUCUGCUGUAUUGAGACUCAGGUGGGGCUGGAGGGAAGAUCCUGUACAGCUUUAGUGUUAUAAAGGUAGAAUCAUUCUUGGAAGCUUGAAGAGUUUGCAUUAUUUGGGAUCAGAGUAAUAUGUUUUUGUCAGUAACCAAGUGUCUCCCUUGAGGACACCAGCAGCAAAUGUAGGUGGAAAAAAGAUUAGGGAAUCUGGCCAAGUCACAGAGACUUGGAAGCACUCCUUAAAGGCAUAACCUACUCUUCGGUGUUAGAGUUUAACUAGCUGACAACUCAGACCUUAAAAAACAACCCAAAAAAAAAAAAAAAACAACCCAUCUCAGCAUCUGUUGUAGCCACAAAAGGCUCACUAGCAUUUUGAACAGCAUCAUAUCCCGGACUGAAAUCGACAAAGGAAGCUGGGGCUGCCAGUGACUGCUCGAUUCGACCUUUAUAAUGUAACCUCUGCUCUCCGGGUAACAGGCCCUACUUCACUGACCUUGUGUUGUAGUCAUCUGACUUAGUGGCAAGACAUCUGCUGUCAGCAGUGUCUGACUUUCUCUGCUUUGGAACCAUGUUUGCUGCCUUAGCCUAAAAAAUAAAUGGAAACAUUUGUGGUGCUGAACAGGGAAAAGUGGUGUAUUUUGGCAUUCUUCAGACUAGAUUAGUUAUUUAAUUGAGUAAAGGCUUUGAAAGAAUAUAUUUUCAAACACUGCUGAGAUACUCUCCAUAUGAUAAGAAGUCCUCAUUUAGUGACUACUAUGACAACUCACUUUUUUAAAGGAUAGGGGCAUCAGUGUUUGCUGUAGGGGCAAACUCUUUCCAAAAUAAAGUCUUGCUUCACAUUCAAAGUAGGUCCGGUUCAAGAUCAGAAGUGCCUUUCAAGUUAGUAGGAGGUCCAUGUUCAAGUCUGUUCCACAGCAUGCAUGUCUGAGAAGACAUUCGUAAGGAAAAGGCCAGUGCAGGAAAUCAAGUUCUCGUGAGACCAAGAAUUUCUACCCAUACAAGGUAUAGAUGAAAACUGGAACUUCUUUUUAAUUAUAAAUCUAUAUAUCACCUACAUAUCAGUGAUUGUAUUUCAGUUGCCCUUAUACUGAAUCGUAUUUCAAAUGUCUUUGUCUCUUCCAGAUUUAAACACCCUAGAAGUUGGUAAAUCUUAGAUCAAAUGACCUUUUCAGCAUAUCAAAGCACAGAAGUUGCUUUAUUGUCCAUAAGAGAAAAUAUUUUCUUCAUCUUCACCAAAGUAUAGACUGAAAUAUCUUCGUUUAGUGACCCACCGCGUUUGUCUUGUCUCAUCCACAUUUCUGAUUAGUAUUUCUUUAUUUUACUUUUGAGCAACAUCAACUGCUGUAAUUCUUUUUUCUCUCUCUCCUGAUAUUGAGUCAUAGCCUGCUCUGUAAUCUGCAUCAAACAGAAGUUCCUUGACCCAGAGUCAAAAUUAAUCAACUUAAUCUCUUUUCCACAAGAUAGUCUCUGAUAUAGUUGAGGAAACAUCUGUACUCUUCUCUCUGGCCUCCUGGCCCUAGUGUCUUCUUCUCCCAGACUGAGCAUGCUCAGCCCCCACCACCAACAUCUCAUAUGAUGUUAUUGUCAGUCACCUCGCCUUCCGGAUGACUCCUUGUGAUUCUCCUCUGGCCCUAUUUGUACAUCUUGUGUCACCUCAGAAAGAUAAACAAUAGCCCAGGAGUGAGAUGAUUAGGAAAAAAUAUGCUCCACGCUGGAGACUAAGGAGCCCAGGUGGCAAAGUGGUUAAGUGCUCUUGGCUGCUAACUGAGAGGUCAGCAAUUCAAACUCACCAGCCACUGCAUGGGAGAAAGAUGGGCAGUCUGCUUCCAUAAAGAUCAUGGUCUUAGAAACUCUCUGAGACAGUUCUACUCUGUCCUAUAGGGUCACUAUGAGUCAGAAUUGACUCUACAGCAAUGGGUUUGGAUUUUGGUUUGGUGGAGACUAAUUGUUCAACAAAUCCAUCUCCUUUUCUCCCUUAGUGAUGAAAUUGUAGUUAGGCACAUGGCUACCAAGCCAGUCUGAAUUGCGCUGCCUGUCUUGUAGGUAGGUACAGCAUGUGACUAAGUUCUCACCAAUGGACUCUAGAAGUAAUGUGUUCCAUUUCUGAGUCUGUUCUUUAAGAAUUAGGCAUGUAUUCCUCCCUGCUUUUUUCUUUCCUUGACUGUAAGUGAUGACUGGAGCAAACUUGGAAGCCAUGUGUUGAAGGUGGCAGAGCUGCCCCUCUAGGCCUGAAACCAGGAUGACUUCUCACAGGGGAGACAUAAACUUCAAUCUUAUUUCCCUUUUAGGGUGUUGAGGGUUCUUUUCAUAGUAGCACAGUCUUUUCUCAACUAAUGUGUGAUCUCUCACACCCCACUCAUGCUUUAGAAUCUGUACUUAGUGCAGCCCAAGAUUACAUUGUCAUUUAUAGCCUUUAUGAGGGUUUUGACUAUAACAGUCCAGAGGUACAGCAGAUACCACAUCUGUGUUCUACUGCCUUCUGUGUGGUUCCGUUACCUCAGGAUGGUAGACACCCCUCUUGGUUACAAGAUGGCUGCUGCAAUCCAGGCAUCACAUCCAUUGACAUAAGGUCUAUGAAAGAAGGAUUCUAUAUCCCUCAUUCUUAUUAUUUAAAAAAAAAAAAAUUCAUAUUGAGUUGAUGAGUCGAUUCCAACUUGUGGCAACCCCAUGUGUGUCAGAGUAAAACUGUGUUCCAUAGGAUUUACAAUGGCGGAUUUUUGGAAUUAGAUUGCCAAACCUUUCUCCUGAGAAAACUCUAGGUGGGCUCGAGCCUCCAACCUUAUAGUUAGCAGCUGAUCUCUUCAAUAUUUGCACCACUCAGAGGCUCCUGUCUUAUUGUUAGGUAUGAGGGAACUAUUUAAGGAAGUCCCCAAGAAGAUUGCCCUUCACACUCAUUCCUUAACUGGUCAUUGAUGGGGAAAUGGGGUUUCCAUGAUUGAUUUAGACUAAUCAUUUGGGAUAGACAAAAUUAAGGUGUCAGCCACCAUGACCACAAUAGGAACUUUGGCAGCCUCAACACCUUUUUUUUUAAUUUUAUCUUAAAUUCCAUCAGUAAGCGGUGUUUUUCUCCUCUACUUUCCUCUCCAUAAGGGUGCUCUUUAUUUUGCAGGCAUAAGGCAGUUCUCGAUAUUUAUUUGUGUUAGAUUUUGUAUGUUCAGUUCAUCAUAUCAUUCUAGAUUGAUGCCAUUUUGAUUUUAAUUGUGCUGAUACUUAU